AGAUUGAGAUAUAUUUAAGCUCUUCGCGCCCUUUUACAGUUAUUUGUUUCCACAGAAUCCACUUCUCUGCUACAAAACCAAAGCUUAAUCGAGCAAAUUAAGCCAUGCCUGAAGAAGAAGCUCAUGCACACUCUAAGAACGCUUUACACUCGCAGUCCCCACCAGUCCUUCAAAGCCUUAGUUCGCCAAGGUCUCUACCCACAAGCCCUGAAAGCCUCCAUAUUAGCCUCUCCAUCUCCAAGUCCCUCCAAUCCAAACCUCACAGACCAAACCUAUGCCCUCUUCAUCAAAUCAGGUCACCAUCUCGACCCCUUCCUUGCCACCAUUAUCAUCUCCCAUUUCUCCAAGCUAGGCGACUUGUCUCGUGCUCAGCGAUUCCUCUUCGACAUUCCAUUCCCCGAUACAGUCUCUUACAACGCUCUCAUUGCCGGGUUCGCUCGUUUUGUCCGACCCAGACCCGUUUUCGAGCUCUUCGACUUGUUGAGGCAUGUGGGUCUGAGACCUGAUGAUUUCACAUUGAGUUCUUUGGUGAAAGCAAGCAAUUGUUUGGAAGAAAAUGAGAUUGCCCAUGGUGUUUGUAUGAGGUUGGGGUUUGGAUCUAGCGCAUAUCUUGUUAGUGGGUUGAUUGAGAACUAUGCGAGAAAUGGUGAUGUUGGGUCGGCUGAGAAGUGUUUUGGGGACUGUUUGGCUGUGGACAAUGUGGUAUUGACCGCAAUGAUUUGUGGGUAUGUCUGGAAUGGGGAGUUUGAGAAGGGGAAGGAGGUGUUUUCUGGGAUGUGCGGUUUGGGAUUGGAGCUGAAUGAGUUUAGCCUGACUGGUGUGCUUGGUGCAUUGCAUGUUGUCAGGGAGGGAGAGCAAAUUCAUGGGAUUGGUUUUAAGAUGGGUUUGUUAUUCAGUUCUUCGGUUCAUUUGAGUAAUGCAAUUAUGAAUAUGUACUCUAGGUGUGGGAGUAAACAGGCUGCUCUUAAGAUGUUUGAUGAAAUUAUUGAACCGGAUGUUGUUUCGUGGACUGAAAGGAUAGGAGCUGCUAAUGAUGAUGCGGAAGCUUUGAAAUUGUUUAAAAUUUUGCACUCUGAAGAUUUGGAAAUAAAUGAGUAUACGAUAAUCAAUGUUGUGUCUGCCAUUGCUGGGUUAUGGAUGUUAAGACCUGGGGAACAAAUCCAAGCACUUAGUCUGAAGGCAGGGUAUUUUCACGCAGCUUCUGUUAGCAAUGUGUUUGUUUUGAUGUACGGGAAGUGUGGGCAAAUGGACAAUGCUAGAUGCAUCUUUGAUAAUCUGCUUUGCCGAGACACUGUUUCUUGGAAUUCUCUGAUUGCUGGAUACUCCGAGAACAGACUUGAUGCUCAGGCUUUUGAGAUGUUUUGUCAGAUGGUUAAUUUCUUCCCACCGGAUAGAUAUACUUUAGCUAGCAUCCUUGAAAUUGUGUCCAACUUCAAUUCAGCAACAUUAGCAACGCAAAUUCAUUGCCAUGUAAUCAAAUUGGGCUUCAUGAUGGAUGAUCAUGUAAUUUCCUGCUUGGUAACAUCAUAUGGAAAAUGCAAUUUGAUUAGUGAAUCAAAAGGGGUAUUUGCUGAAGUUUAUAAGCCAAACAUAGAACUUCUUAACGCAAUGACAACUACUUUUGUUCGUGCCAGUUGUCAUGCUGAUGCCCUAACUUUAUUUCGUACUUCAAGGUGCUUAUGCCUUGAAGUGGACAGCACCACUUUCUGUACUAUCCUUAAAGCUUGUGGUGCUACCUCAGAUUUGGAACAGGGAAGGGUAAUUCACUGUCUUGCUCAUAAAUCUGGAUACGAUCAGGACAGCUUUGUUGAAACUUCUAUUAUUGACAUUUACUGCAAGUGUGGAAACAUAGGUGAUGCAGAGAAGGCAUUUCGGCACACAUCUAAAGACAAUUUAGCUUCUUGGAAUGCUAUGAUGAUGGGAUAUGCUCAACAUGGUUUCCAUUAUCAAUUAUCUAGACUAUUCAACAAGAUGUCUGAAGUUGGCUUGAAACCUGAUGAGAUAACUUAUCUUGGAGUACUUACUUCAUGCUGCCAUACAGGUCUUGUCGAAGAGGCAUGUUUUCAUUUGAACUCUAUGUUUGAAUUUCAUGGAAUACUUCCACAUGUAGAACAUUAUGCCUGUGUGGUAGACCUACUAGGCCGACUUGGGCUCCUAAUAGAUGCUAAGAGGACAAUUGAUCAAAUGCCUGUUGACCCUGAUGCUCAUAUAUGGCAAAUUCUUCUAUCAGCCUGUAGCAUACAUAGAAAUGUGGACCUGGGGAAACUUGCAGCAAAGAAUCUUCUUGAGCUGCAGCCUGGAAAUGAAUCUGCCUAUAUUCUUCUUGCAAAUAUUUAUGCUUCAGCUGGCAUGUGGAGUAGUAUUGCAGAAUUGAGGAAGAAAAUGAAAGAAAAAAUACUCUGCAAGGAACCUGCUUCUAGUUGGGUUCAAAUUGGAGGAUCUAUUCAUUCCUUUUUUGCUGAUGACAUAUCACAUCCUGACAGUAAAGAAGUUCAUAUGGAGCUAAUGAGAUUGUCUGGGCAUAUGUUAAUGAUGCAAAAAUGGGAAAAAGAUGGUUUCAGUUUGACGCAUUAUGGUCUUUGAAACACAGAAGGUCCUCCUCCCGGGAUGUUUGUGCUCCGAAGGGGCUCUGGAUAGCACAGAAACAAUGGAAUGGAAAGCAUGUGCUGCUAUUCUUGAUUUGACCUGUCCCCUCUUCGGAAGUGGCCAUCUUCCCUGGAAACUUUUGGUGAUUGCAGCCGCAGCAGGUACAUGGCUAACCUUGUUAUUCAUUAUGUAAUUGGAGGGGAAUCAGAGUGGAUAAUUGAUCUGCAAAGACCACAGAAAGCUAGAAAACUGGUUUUUUUCAGAGAGGUAGGCGUUGAGGGGUUUUGCCAGCAAAUUGUCUGCCUGUACAAAGAUUCUUUUCUGCUCAACUUGAGACAAGUUGAAUUUUGUAGGAUGAUUUGGUUCAAUCAUUGACUAUUAUUAUAUGAUCCAUAGCUCAAGGUGCAUUAUGGUCUGAAGCCAGGCUGAUCAUGAACACGUGUGGGUUGGAAUGGUACCUAGGAGCUCUGAUAUAUGGUCCUCGGUGGCCCAUUUCUGGUUUUGUUUACUGGAUAGGUAGACAAGGUUACAAGAUAAUAGAGACUGCAUAGAGUGGCUGGUGAAUCUAUUAAUUUAGGUGCAAUUUGGAGCGGUUAUCAGGGAGCAGACCAAAUUUUAAUAUUGUUUUUUUAUUAUUUUAUUUUUUUCUUUUUCAAAACAUGUCCAUGUUUUGAGGAUGAUAAACCAAUGGCAAUGUCAAAUGGCUGUAUUAUCACCCACAGGUAUGUCAACCACUUUGUUCUAUAUAUUAUAUAUGCUAGAUGCUGUAUCACAUUGUUAAGACUGGAAUGCCUGGACGAAUAAUCUGAUUUAUGAUGACGAA